AACAAUCUUUGUCUAUGGUAGAACAUAUCGUAACUUGUGACGCAACACUACGGUAUACUACAUAAUAAUAUAGUAUAGUGGUUUCUCGCUCACUCGCUGUCGUCGGUUUAAGAUUAGUACUAUCUGUGGGGGAGGAAAAAUUUCGAAACGAAAGUGCAAAAGAUGAUUGAUGCAGUUUUUUGAGUUUUUUCAAAAUUCAUUUUAAACGAAAGUCCUCAUUCGAAAUAGUGUCAAAGGUAAAGCAGCAACUGCUAUUCUAUAAAUUUCUAAAUUAUUGAAAAUUAUCAUUAAAUUCAACUGAAGUCUUGGUGCUUACAUUUCAUUUUGUACGUAAUAGAAAGGUGAGUGUUAUGUAACCUUGAAUUUCGGAAUAUUGUUAUCGAUCAUUCAUAAUUUUAUUAGAAGAAAAGCUUUACAUAAGAAUAUAAUAAAAACAAGAUACAAAGAUGCAUCGGGCUAGGAUAAUACUUAAGGCAUCAAAUAAAAUUGGUAAUACUGAAAGAUUUGCAUCAUGGCUUCUCAACAAACAGAGUGCUGCAGUAACAGUGACAGCCAAUCGGUUAAAGAGUUCAACAGCUGCGGAGCCAUUCCUUAAUGGAUCAAGCUCUGCAUAUGUGGAGACAAUGUACAAUGCCUGGCUAACAGAUCCAAAUUCUGUACAUGCUUCGUGGGACGCAUUCUUCCGCAAUGCGACUAACGGCGCCCAGCCCGGCGUUGCGUACACGGCUCCACCGAAUCUAGCUCCUUAUUCUAAGAAUGAAGUGCCGCUUACGUCACUUGUCCCAGCGUCCGGUGGUAUGCCAUCUAUCACUGCCGGCUCCCCUAUAAAUGAAAAAAUCAUCGACGAUCACCUCGCUGUCCAGGCUAUCAUCAGGAGUUACCAGAUCCGAGGACACCAUAUAGCGAAACUCGACCCGUUGGAAAUAGCAAACUACAAUUUGGCUGGUAAAAAUCCUCGGGAGGUCAUUCACAACAGCUACAGGUUUGAUGAAGCUGAUAUGGACAGGGUAUUCAAAUUACCCUCUACCACUUUUAUUGGAGAAAAGGAAAAGGCUUUGCCUCUAAGGGAAAUUCUUAAUCGUCUCGAACAGGCGUACUGUAAUAAUAUCGGAAUUGAGUUUAUGUUCAUAAAUUCUCUGGAACAAUGUAACUGGAUCAGACAGCGCAUGGAACCCCCCAACGUGACGAAGAUGAGUCCUGACCAGAAGAGGUUGAUACUGGCUCGCCUUACUCGAUCUACUGGAUUCGAGAACUUCCUAGCUAAGAAAUGGUCGUCGGAGAAGCGUUUCGGUCUAGAGGGCUGCGAGAUCUUGAUUCCUGCUAUGAAACAAGUCAUCGACACGUCCACAAGACUCGGCGUCGAGUCUAUCAUCAUGGGAAUGCCUCACAGAGGUCGUUUGAAUGUUUUGGCCAACGUUUGUCGUAAGCCUCUUCAUCAACUGUUCACUCAGUUUGCUGGUCUGGAAGCCGAAGAUGAUGGUUCUGGAGACGUAAAGUAUCACUUGGGUACAUACAUCGAGCGUCUGAACCGAGUAACGAACAAGAACAUCAGAUUGGCUGUUUGCGCUAACCCGUCUCACUUGGAGGCGGUGGACCCCGUUGUGCAGGGCAAGACUCGAGCUGAACAGUUCUACAGAGGAGACAAUGAGGGCAAGAAGGUGAUGUCGAUCCUACUCCACGGAGACGCCGCCUUCGCCGGGCAGGGCGUGGUUUUCGAGACGAUGCACCUGUCGGACCUGCCCGCGUACACCACGCACGGGACCAUCCACAUCGUGGUCAACAACCAGAUCGGCUUCACCACCGACCCGCGACACUCGAGGUCGUCUGCGUACUGCACAGACGUGGCGCGCGUGGUGAACGCGCCCAUCUUCCACGUGAACGGCGACAACCCGGAGGCGGUGAUGCACGUGUGCAACGUGGCGGCCGAGUGGCGCGCCACCUUCCACAAGGACGUCGUCAUCGACAUCGUGAGCUACCGCCGCAACGGGCACAACGAGGUCGACGAGCCCAUGUUCACGCAGCCGCUCAUGUACCAGAAGAUCAGGAAGACCAAGCCCGUUCUCGAAAUAUAUGCCGAUCGAUUGAUCGCUGAAGGCGUUGUCACGGCGGAAGAAGUGAAAGACGUUAAAGAUAAAUACGAAAAGAUCUGUGAGGAUGCUUACAACCAAGCCAAGCAAGAAACUCACAUCAAGUACAAGGACUGGCUUGACUCUCCCUGGUCUGGCUUCUUUGAAGGCAAGGACCCACUCAAGAUGUCUCCAACUGGCGUAGUCGAAGAGACUCUCGUUCAUAUCGGCAAGCGUUUUUCAUCGCCGCCACCUAACGCAGCUGAGUUCGAGAUUCACAAGGGAUUGUUACGUAUCCUCAAGGCUCGUAUGGAAAUGGUCGAGAAUCGAACCGUAGACUGGGCUUUAGCUGAGGCUAUGGCUUUCGGAUCAUUGCUGAAGGAGGGUAUCCAUGUCCGCCUUUCGGGAGAGGAUGUUGAGAGAGGCACUUUCUCACACAGGCACCAUGUCCUCCAUCACCAAAAGGUUGACAAGGCUACAUACUGCCCAUUGGCUCAUCUCUACCCCGAUCAAGCUCCAUAUACUGUUUGUAACAGCUCCUUGUCGGAAUACGGUGUACUUGGUUUUGAAGUGGGUUACUCUGUGACAAACCCUAAUGCACUCGUGCUUUGGGAGGCUCAAUUUGGUGACUUCAACAAUGUAGCGCAGUGCAUCAUCGACCAGUUCAUCUCGAGUGGACAGGCCAAGUGGGUGCGACAGUCUGGUAUUGUGCUGUUACAACCACACGGAAUGGAGGGCAUGGGACCUGAACACUCUUCGGCACGCUUGGAAAGAUUCCUGCAAAUGAGCGCUGACGACCCCGACUACAUGCCACCAGAGAGUCCCGAUUAUGAAGUGCGGCAGCUGCACGACUGCAACUGGGUGGUGGCGAACUGCUCGACGCCCGCGUCGCUGUUCCACAUCCUGCGGCGCCAGAUCGCGCUGCCCUUCCGCAAGCCGCUCAUCCUCAUGACGCCCAAGUCGCUGCUGCGCCACCCCGAGUGCAAGUCCUCCUUCGACGACAUGGUCGAGGGGACCGUCUUCAAGAGAUUGAUCCCAGAAGAAGGUCCAGCGGCUGAAAAUCCAAAUAACGUUCGCAAGGUAGCCUUCUGUACUGGCCGUGUGUACUACGACCUGCUCAAGGAAAGACGCGACCGCGGACUCGAGAAGGACAUCGCUAUUGUCAGACUGGAGCAGAUCUCUCCAUUCCCGUACGACCUGAUCAAGCAGGAGAUCGCCAAGUACCCGAACGCUCAGCUGGUGUGGAGCCAGGAGGAGCACAAGAACAUGGGCUCCUGGAGCUACAUCGAGCCUCGCUUCCGCACGCUGCUGCAGAACCAGAAGCAGAUCAGGUCAUCUCGUUCACAAUCGGGCGGUUGGUUUAGUCAACUUUUCGGGGGCGCUGAGGGCCCUAAGACUGAAUCGGAACCACAAACUGAAACCGUACCACGCACUAUUAGUUACAAUGGAAGGGCGACUGCCGCUUCGCCCGCUACCGGUUCGAAGGCGGCUCACAACAAGGAAUUAAAAAAUCUUCUGGACGAGUUCUGCGUAUUAUAAACGAAUCAUAUCUAAAUCGAAAUAUUUUUUUUUAUGUAACGCUGUCGUCCGUAAAAAUAGUUUUUACGCAACCAAAACUACAAAAAUGUAAUUAAUAGACUUGCUUAACAUUUGAAGAAAUGCUGUUACGGUUAUUUUGAAUUAAUUUUCGCUGUAAAUGUCAGUAUUCUAAAACAAUUCUCCUUACGAUUAGUUAGAAUAUUUAGAUAAAUUCUAAUUUAUUUAUUCAAUGUAGCAUAAUAUACGGUUAGUGGACAUUAUUUAUUUUAAAUGUUACAAUAAUAUGUCAUUAUGUCCCUCUUAGUAAUUGUGCUUGAGUAAAGCUUGAAUUGUAAAUAAAUCCGUUUAGUUUAUUUAUUAAAAUGUGUUAUUUCUUAUCGCUAACGGGUUAACAGUUUCUAUCAUUAGUCCCAAGACUAGAAAUGAAGCUGAGAGACAACCCUAUGUUUACGAUUUUUUUUCUUCAUCUUUUUCGAGUAUUAACUUAACUAUAAAACCUAUUUAAAUUAGUAUUUAAAAGUAUUUCAUCACCUUGAUUAGUAUAAACUAUCAGCACUUGUCAUAAGAUAUUCAAUGAGAUAUUAUUAGUAGUAAAUUUUAAUUAAAAUCGACUAGCCGUGAUUCCGUAGUACGUGUUAAAGCGGCACAUGCAACUUGUUAGUGAUUUUAAUAUAUUUUGCGACCGUUAACAAUCGCAUAGUCUUAGUUUUGAAGUUACCGCCGCUCGCGGCCACAUGUAAGGAACAACACCAAAUCUACGCUACGCGUAUUGUUAUCUCGAUGUUACAUGUACGUAGACUACUAUGAACAGUUUAAAACUGUCUGUAGUAAUAUCUAAUGUUUAUUGUUGUUUGUAAUUCGAUCCAAAAGCUGUAACUCGCAUGUAUUAUAUCCACUACUAUUGUUAAUAUAAUUUUGAUCUAAUAUUUUUGAACUGGUUCAGGUUUGAUGGGGAAAGAAUGAUAGGGAAUCAAGAAUGUUGUAUGACAGGUACAGGUUUGGCAGGACACCUGAGCAAUUUAUGCUAUUUUACUUUGAUCUAGUUACUUUACAAUAAAUAUAUAUUCAGUAAA